AUGGGAAAGCAUGAGAAAGGCACACCAAAGGAAUUGGCAAAUCGAGUGAAAUCGAAAGGAUUACAGAAGCUCAAAUGGUUUUGUCAAAUGUGCCAAAAACAAUGUCGAGAUCAGAACGGAUUCAAAUGCCAUUUGACAUCGGAAACGCAUCAGCGUCAGCUUUUGUUGUUCGCGGAAAACUCGAACGCGUAUCUGCGGCAAUUCAGUAAUGAUUUUGAGAAGAAUUUCAUGUUGCUCCUACGAACAUCAUAUGGAACGAAGAGAGUUCGCGCCAAUGAGGUGUACAACGCUUACAUCAAAGACAAAGGCCACGUGCACAUGAACGCGACGGUUUGGCAUUCGCUGACCGGAUUCGUUCAGUAUUUGGGAAACAGCGGAAAGUGCAAAAUCGAUCAGGGCGACAAGGGAUGGUACAUCCAGUAUAUUGAUCAGGAAGCUGUUGUGAGGAAGCAGGAGGAAGAGAGAAAAGCGAAACAGGAGAAGGAUGAUGAGGAGCGGCAUAUGGAGAUUCUUCAGAAUAUGGUUCAACGAGGUUUGGAGACGAGUGAGGCUGUUGAGCAUCAAGCGACGGAAUUGGUUCGAUCGGGCGAUGAAAAGAUCGAGAUCCAAUUGAACAAGAAGCCGACGCUUGAAGAGCUGAACAAGCCUUGCACAUCGUUCGGCUCAUCGGUGUUCGACAAGGUGAAGGAUCGGAAGGUGAAGAAGGAGGAGCCGGAGAGCGACGGCGAAGACUCUCGAAGGGCCACCAAACGAUCGAGAAGUCCGGAGAAGCGCGGCGAGUCGAAGAAGGCGAAGAAGUCGGCGUUGGAUGAGAUUCGCGAAAUGGAGGAGCGGACGAAGGAGAGGAAGAAUCGCAAAGAUUAUUGGCUUUUUGAAGGCAUUAUUGUAAAGAUUAUCACAAAAUCGUUGGGGUCGGAUUUCUAUAAAGCCAAAGGGGUUGUGAAGAAGCUCAUCGACGAGUACACCGCUCAAGUCAAACUUGACGAUGGGACGUUGGUGAAAUUGGAUCAAGCGCAUUUGGAAACGGUGAUUCCAUCAAUCGGGCGUCAGAUGCUGGUGGUGAAUGGAGCGUAUCGCGGUUCACAAGCGACGCUCGACAAAAUCGAUGAGAAGAACUUCACGCUGAAGUUGACGAUUUCGAGUGGGCUGAUGAAAGGUCGACGAAUCGAAGUGCCAUAUGAGGAUGCAAGUAAACUUGCCUAA